AUGCGCAACAAAAUUAGCAUAGAGGUGCAGUUUCAACACAUGUAUAUCCACGAGAAGUUCAGGGAAGUUCAAACACAAUUCAGAGAAAAGGUGAAUUACAUCGCAAUAUCAAUGCAUUCCACCCUAGGUUUCACAACAUACGAAGUUGUAGAGCACGUUUCCAACUCAACAUUCAACAAGUUUUUGGUCACCUACGACGCAGUAUCACGAGAGGUAAAGUGCCAGUGCUUGCUGUUUGAGUCAAGGGGCAUACUGUGCCGCCAUUCCCUGAGCAUCCUAAGCUUCGAGCGAGUGGAUAACAUGGCACCGAAAUACAUACUGGAGCGCUGGAGUAAGAACAUAAAGAGGACGGACACACACAUCAAGAGCAGCCAAAAUGAGCCUCUAUUGGAGCCGAGAAGCAAGAGAUCCGAUGAUUUGGUGUUUCAGACACAUAAUAUUUGCAAAUUUACAUCAGAGUCCGAGGAACUAACCAGAAUUCUGCACUGGGCAUUUGACAAUGUCAUGGUUGAGAUGCAAGAAUAUCAAGAGAGAAUAAAAGGAAAAUACUUGUUAUCCCACAAAGAAGCGACGUUGAGCGACGUGAACGACCUUCAAAGCCCACCAUGUGUCAAAACAAGGGGCUGGCCCAAGAGCAGACUUGGAUUAAACCCGGAAAAAGAUCUCUAA